GAAGAAAAUAUGACUGUAACAGAAGAUUUUAGCAGAGUAGAAAAUACUUACCAAAUGGAAGCAGAGGUCUGUAUCAUAUUCAGUGAUUUUGGAAAAAUGCAGAAUGUUUGCAAUCUACUCAUUGAAAAGUUAGGAACCUCUGUUACCAUCAAUCCACCUCAUUUCUACCAUACACCAGAAGCCAUAGACUCACUUCGGCCCAGUGACGAUCUGCUACCACCCUUUUCCUUCACAAGUGACAAUGAAACUCCAAGAGAAGAAGAGACAAGUUCAGAACAUAAUGCUACCUCCAACAACCAUGGUCCCUGGAAAGAGCUAAGGCAGCUUCUGUGUGUGUAUAUGCAUGAAUCUUCCAACAAAGAAGUACCUAUGAAAACAAAUCCUGGGCCAGGGAAUAUGGGCCAUGAUGUUCGCUGCUGUCCAUAAACAUUCCUGCCCAAAGUAACCCACAAUCUAAACACAAAAAAGUGAUGGAUGAAUACAGAUGGAGUUUAUGAAGUAAUCAGUAUCGAUCAAUGAACAGGCAGUGGCCUCUGCUCAGUGAUUUUAUGAAGAUCUGGAAGUCAGAGGAAGGCUAGGAAAAGUUGGGCUGAAAACCUGGCCGAUGUUUUGAGGGAUUUACAAGGACCAAGUUCAGUAAGCUGCAGCCUAAAGGUCAGAAGGCAUUUUGCCAAGUGCUUGUGACAUGACAGGCAAAGGCAAUUAAACCUCAAAACCAGCAAAAGAUGCUUGCCAUUGCUCUUGAAAUUAAAAACAAUUAAAAUGAACACAAGGCUGGGACAGCAGAACAGUGUAAGGUACUACAUAAAAAGAAUCAAUGUCUGCUGAGAAAUUCUUGGGGGUUCAGCUGGUGGUAACAGUACUGAAUGGAGAAAAGAAAGCAAGGAUGCAGGUGUUUUAGAAGCCAAAGAUGAGGGACAAUUGGAUAAAACUACAUCAGGGAAGGAACCAAAUGCACAAAAUGGGACAAUGUCAGUUCCCAGCUGAACAUGAAUUUUCUGCUAUAGGCGAAGAUUUUCAUGUUUUCCUCAUUUUCACUCCUCUGACUUAAUAAUUAGUGUCUUCCUGCCACUUAAGCAGCAUGUCAGUGGCAUGCAGAGUGUGCAGCACUGCAUUUCCAGAUUAGCACUGUCAACAAAGGUUUAGCAUCUGAUUUUCAAAUGCAAGGACUUAAGCAAAAGAAGUUUAAAGGCUUCAAGAAUUCUAACAAAAAUGUGUUUUUAAAUCGAUUUACACUCCAAGUAACCAGAUCCUCAAAAACAUUGUUUUUUCAAUGAAACUGAUUAAACACAGAGGAUUACUUGCAUUUCUUAAAUGCAGUAAGGAAUUCCCACUAGGAUGGCAGGAAUUUGGUCUGCAACAGUGUUUCUGAGGGUAUUUUAACCUGAGUUAUUCUGUGUAUAUAUUAAUAAAGCAAGAGUUUAGUACAUUCAGACCUGUUUCACUGGAGGAUAUCUGGGUUGUAGUUGUUCUUCUGGAGUGUUAGCUUUUACAUCCCAUCCAACAAUGACUCCUGAGUAGCCAAAUCUUCUGUGAAUUAUUACCUGGCCCACACAGAACUUAAUAUAUUGAGGCUUUGGACUGUGAACAUGAGCUGAUUCUAAUUUAACAAAGAAAGAGAUUUAGCAAGGAUAAAAGUUUGGUCAGCUAUAUUAAGUAUUUUAACAGAAAUUAUUCUGACUUUACAUGAAGAGAACUGAUAAUUAGAUUAAUAGGGGAAUUAAAGAAGAACAGGUGCUUUGUUUCCCCCCAGAAUAUUAAUUACUAUAAUUUACAAAAGAACAUCUACUAAGAAACUUUUCUAUUUGUAUGCAUUUGAUAUUACAUAGGGAUUUUAACAGAGUUUUAGAAAGCAUUAACACGUGUGUGCAUUGUCAGUUACUUAAGCCUUACAUACAGUAUUUUACAGUGCUGUCUUGUGGUAACUUAUUGUGACAUUAUUUUUUUGCCAGUUUAGGUCACAGAAUUCUUCUAUUCAGUCUGAUUAGGGACUUUUUUCCAGGAAUAAAGUGGUCAGCUAUUUCUUUUUUCUUCCUUCAAAAUACAUACACUGAGGUAUUCAGUAAAAUACAUACAUAUAGUUACAUCAUAUUGAUACUAUUACGCAACACAGGGAAGAGGCCUUGGAUUUUAUGUUUACUGUUUUGUUUACUGAAUAUUAUCAAUCAUGUUUAGAGGCACGAAAAAAGGAAAACAGUCUGCCAUUUACAAAUUAAGUAAAGAAAUCCACUAUAGAAGCCUUGUAGACAACAUCGUAAAUAAAUUAUGAAAUUGCAAAAACUUCAAUACCUGCAAGAUAAGAAUGGGGUUUUACUUCAUUGGCACCGCUUUUAGCUUUGUUCUCUCCAUAGUACCAAUUCCUAAAAUGUAAAAUUAAUAACUCAACAUACAAACAAGUUCUUUAGAAGCUGAGUUUUAAUAAUAAUCAGAAGGUUAAUUAUUCUGAGUGGGAUACUGCAAAGCCUUUGAUACAAACUUCUUUACAAUUUGAAGCCUGCAUGAGUUUUACAUAAAAACACUUUUAAGGAAUACACAAGAAAAAGGAAUUUGUUCUAACAGGAAAAAAAGAGUAUGAAUCUCAUUUCUUUGAAUAUGUUACUCUACAGUUGCAUUAGAAUUUUUAUAUCAGAGGAAACUCACUAGUUUUGUAGAGGUGAGCAAACACUGCUCUGCAGUGUGAUUCUUCAGUAUCUUUUGUGAAGUUUUUUAAAAUUGGUUUAUACUGGUAUGGGCAAGGUGUCUGGCAAUGAGUCCCUGCCUGAGGCUGCAGUAAGUGUAGCUUUUCCUUCUGCACUAGACUGAAUUUCAUCUGAAUGUAAAAGGUGGGCAGCAGGAGAUGGACAUGUUUAGAAAGGGGAAAUGGCUAACAUUUUUCAUUGCUAUAGUGAAAAAGAGAAAGGGUAAAAAAGCAAUGAAAAUAUGGAACAUUUCCUUCUGCUGGCAAUGGAACAGCAGCAGUCUAUGAAGAGGAGUUUGGGUAACAUUCUGCAUCCAUACUAGCCAGCAAACCAUUGGUGCCAAAGAACCACAGGUUGUCCUGGUCUCCUUCCUCUUUGAUGGUGCCUUUCAGUCUUACUCCCUUCACCCUGCCUGCAGGAAAAUGAGAGCAGGUUCCUGUGCAAACAAUGUUUUUUACAAAAGUUUUGGUUUUGCUCAAAUGUAUAGAAAGACUUAAGGCUGACAAGUACCUCUUAACAGAAAGAGGAGUGGGCAAAGUUAAAACAGCAGCUAAUAUAAGUCUCCAAUGACAUUAUUUUUAGAAUAGCAAAUUCUUUAUAAAAUAUUCGGAGGACACAGAAAAUAUACUCUACACAAAAUAUAUACAAAUAAUCCAACUAUAUACAAAUAACCAAUGUAUCAUUGCAUCUUUGCAGGCUUUAUUUUAGAUAUGCAUGGAGCUUUCCAUGAAGUUGAGAUGCAAUUUAUGGUGAACCUUAGAAGAGCACAGUUUUUGAUUCCAGUCAUAGACCAUUCCUCUAGCUUUUGCUGGAAGCAAAACUAAGUCAGGAUCCUCCACAGUUCAGAGGACUUGACACCAUUGAUUAUUGUACAUGGAUCAAGAAUAAAGGACAUUUUGAAGGUCCAUACAAAGUAAAACCUUUGGAGUAUUUCUACUCCAUGAAUUAAAUCUCACAAAUAAGGCCGUCAACAAACCGAAAGAAGUCCAUGAAGUCUUCUUAAAUUAAAAUGGUUUGUAUGUAUGAAUGGAUAGAAUUUUACUUUUUCUAGACCAAUCACUGUUAUAUGACCAAUAGUCAAAAUUUCACUACUUAGCACACAGAUUUUCUGUCUGUGAUUCCUAAUUCAGAUUUUGAACUUGAACUACAAUAUAGAGCAUAAGAUAUCCAUCCAAUGCUAAAGCAUCUGAUGUGGCUAAUUGUUCUGCCUUCAGAGUCAGAUAAAUUUGAGGAUAACAUGUACAGAAUUACUGCAUGAGUUACGUUUAGUUUCACAUGGAGUUGAGUUUUGAUGUUUGUGUAGAAAGUUCCAGAUGAGUCUCAGAAGUAAAUGAGAGAUAUUUCCUCUUAGUCACUUACUCCCCCACAACACGCCUUCCUGCUCAGAGCAGACCAUGGCUGAAAUCUCCUAGGUGUGGACAGUAACACCCUACCUUGUCUUUGAGAGCCACAGCUUUAAAUGAUCUGUCCAUGCAUCCAGACUCAAGUAUUUUUUUCUGUGAAUGUGGAUGAACAAGUGGCGUGAACCGCUAUGAAUAGAAGUCCGGUGGUUUUCUCUCAUGUGAUGUUUAUGCAAAAUAUGUCGUAACCCUGUAACCCAGCCUCAUGUCCUGCCUCUCUCUACGCUGUUGGUACUUCAGAGAGCUCCUGGUGCGCCCCUGGCCCGGCAGUGUCACGGCUGGAUGCCGGCACAGCUGAAGCAGGAGCGUCCUCAGUGGUUUCCAUAGCACGCGUGUCAGCAGCAGGAACUCCGGGCUGCCCCUGCUCCAGGGAGUCAAACCCGGCCAUGAGCCCCAUGUGUGUCACGGAUUGCUGUGGUGUAAAUUCAACUGCAACCAGAUCGGCUGAUGGCACCCAAAUCAGAGUGGGAGCAAACAGAGGAGGCGGACUCAAACUGCAAAUGAUCCAGAGAGAUCGGAGCAAUGGGAACACUAUAGACAAGAAGAGAGAUUCAUCAGUGGUAAACGUUGAGCCUUACCAAGAGAAAGGAAAUGCUCCAGCCAUCACUUCUCACUGAGCACAGCCCUCCAAAGAGCAAGGCUCUGAAAAAAGCCAAAAAUGUUACCAAGCCAUACCUAGUGAACAUGUGGGAACUAAGGGCCCAGGCCUAGGAUGGAAUUUUGUUGAUGGAUUUAAACCUGUGCAACAUGGCAGGAAUGCCCAAUUGAAAACUCACAUGAAUACUAGCCUACACUAGAAAUACAAAUUCUACCUAAGAAAAAUAUUUUUUUAAUCAGAAUCAUAGAUGGUUUGAGUUGGAAGGGACCUUUUCAAGGGCACCUAAUCCACCCCUCUGCAAUAAGUAGAGACAUCUUCAGCUAGAUCAGGUUGUUCAGAGCAACCUGUUUGCCUCACAGAGCCCACCCCAAGGAGAACAGACUCCUUUGGGACAUUGUGGCUGUGUUUGCAUCACCAAUCCCAGGCUGCAGUAAAUUCUGGGACCUACCAGCUCCCUUGAGCAAAACCUCAGGAGCCAUGUAAACACCUGAUCCUACCUCAGGGUGGCUGAAGGUGUUAGUGUGACUCAAGCAACUUAUUACUACCCAAACGUUAAGACAUCUUCUUAACAUAAAGUAAAUCAAAUUGCAAGAUGCUUCUUUUACAAAAUAGCUUAGUGCCCAUGUGCUUGAGCAGAGAUCUUCAGUGCAAGAGCCAGAAAGAAACCAGCCCUGUGUGUUCUGUCAUGAUGCAGAGGUGGGCAAAGAGGCCAUAGCCAGAGGAAAAUUACAACUUCAUAAAUUAGCAUGCAAGAAAAAAGAAACAAUCCUGACCAUAACACAAUUUCAGAUGAUCUGCCCUUUCUUAGGACAAUGCUUAUGUGAAUUUUCUAGUAACUUUUCCUAAAUAACUUAACCACUGAUUUCCCUUGUAAACUUUAUUGAUCAGAAGUUUGGCACACAUUGGUGCACAUUUAACAGCCUCAAACAUUUUACAAGCAUGAAACAGCAUAAAUGUUUUGAGUUCCAGAUAUUUAAUCUUUCCCCAUGCAUGCAGACUAAUUGCUGUCAAUGAAAGACAGCAACAAUACAGACUACACAUCUACCCAGCUCCUCAUGUUGAGAUUUUAGCUGGGUAAAAAUAGGCAGUAUAUUGAGAGGCAAUCAUUAAUUAAGGACUUCUAAGUAGUUCUUUUUUUAAAGCUUUUGACAGCUGUAUUUCAAUUCUUAGCAGUUCAUGGAAGUUUACUCCGUCUUCUUUAAGAGUUAAGAGAAUUCAAGUUUUGAAUAAGGUGCUCAAAUUUCAGAAAAAUAACCCCACUAGAUUUCUCUGCUACAGAAUACAAAUGCAGUAAUUCUUUCUAAUAUUUUAAUCAGAUUCUAACCAGGUUUGCAUUUUAAGUUGUCUUUUUUAUUUUGAAUAUUCUUGUUCAAAGUCAGAUUCCAAGAUCUGAGACAAAACACAAAUUAACAGCUGAGGUUGCCUGGCUCUUGAAUGCUAACAUUGUUUGAAGUCAAUACCUCCAGGAAUAGGCUUCUGCAGAAAUUUGAUGCUGAAUGAGUUGGUUACCUGCCUCUUGCUUUCUCCUUCUUGAGUUUUUUUCAGUUGUUUUCUUGGUUUUUUGGGGUUUUUGUUGUUGUUGUUAUUUAUGUAUCUAGCUAAAGUAAAAUGAGAGGCCAACAGACCAAGUUUAGGUAAAAUCUUCCCAUUUCAGAGACAAGAAAAGGAAGCAUGAAGGAAGUUCAUAUGGCUGUUACCAGAGUAGGAACAUCAUUCCCAAAUCCUCUACCCUGUCAUCCCUUCAGCACUCACACAGAUUUCAAAGUAUAAGAGAAGAUUCAUAAAUUCUCACUACAGCCCUUUCAAAAAAUAAAUUAAGCCUCUUGCAAAGAUUUCUUAGCACAAUAUUUCUCUGAGCUAGAAAAACAACCAGACAUUUUGGGCUUUGAGUUUACUGUUAACAGUAGUAAAAGCCACAAAAAUUAUAUUUUGCAUUAUAAUUUGUUGUACAGUAACUCAACUUUAUGCUAUUUAAAUUCCAGUCACAUUGUCCAUUGCUUGCUGGCACUUGCUUUAUUUUCACAUUUGCUUUCAACUAGCAACAUUGAUUAAUUUUUAAAUGCAUUACGCUUUGGUCAUUUAUCUUUGGAAAAAGUGACAAACAUUUUUUGCAAAGCUCAUAUCCAUGGCUAGAGCAGUGAACACCGGCUUUGGCACAAAAAACUUUUCGCUUUGAAAGCAAAAUGGUGAACUUCAACAACCACACAAUUCCCUUUGUUUAAUGAGCAUUAUGGUCUGUCCUCUUAGAGAGGGGGUAGAGUUAGCAGUGUGGGCUUGGCCAAGUUGUUAUUCUGCUUCACACACUGCAUGACCUGGACCCAGCAGGAAAAGGCAGGCACUCUGACUGGAAGUUGGCCACUUUUGCCUCUCCUGCUUCAGCAGGAGGGUGACAGCAAAGGACCCACGGACUCCAUCCUGGGAUAUUUUUUGGGACACGGUGCUGAGGCGAGGCUGUGGCAUGGCACUGCAGGGACAGUGAUCAGGGACAGCACGAAGCCAGCAUCCCAAUGGGACAUCCUCCCCUGCCCUGGUGCACAGGAUUGUUGGAAGCAGCAGCAAAUGCACAGAACUGAGCCUGGCAGAGCAACCCCUACUCAGAUGACUCACCUUCCAGGGAGGGUUGUCUAUCACUGUUUUCCAUUAUUUUUGGCUGGGAAAUGUUGGCCCUGGGAGCAACCCCACCACACUGCCUUUGUUUCCUGACUGCCAUGUGGGCAGCAUGCAGGAAUGAUCAUCCUAUUGCCUUUGUCUGGAAAAACCACAUGGACACAACCACAUGUUCACCACCGCCUUUGUUCUUGCUCCUGGUGGUGAAUACCUUUCGGUGGGUAAAACACCUUCUCUUUUUGUAUUGUACUGCUGGCGUCUUAUUUCACCAUCUCAUGUUUCACUAAGUUGUUAUCUCUUCCCAUAUCCCUCCUCUUUUGUCUCUCCUUUACUGGAAGGGGCAGGGGCUGGGGUGUGGCUGGUUUGGAGUUUAAUUUCCUGCUGGUGUUAAAAUCAGUACAUGCCCCAAACAGCACUGCCAGGUACCAACAUUUCACAUCAUCUGUUAAUACAAAGAAAAGUCUUGAUUUCUACACAAAAUGAAAGAAUUACAGUAGGUUUCCAAAAUAUACCUGUCACAGAAAUGGGAACAGGGAUACAAUUGUAUUUUAAGGAUUCUGUACAGAGUUACACAGAAAAAUAUUUUUAGCUAUUUUCAAAACAAAGGAAAUGUUAUUAAGUGCUUAAGACUAUUCUCAGCAACAAAACUGAAACCCUGGACCUGGAGUGGCUUACGCUUGGAUGAGCACACCACUGUUACUGUUGUGCUGUAAUACUGGAAAGAAAUGUACGUUCCACAGAACUACCACCUCCAGGACAUAACAGCACCAUCAAAGUGUGUCAUAUUUUCAGCAUUCUUAAAUGAUUUUCUCCAAGCAGAAUGCACCAAUGAGCAAAACUCACACGCUUGGGACAGAGAUUUUUUCUCAGUUGUUAAAACAAGUCUUGCUUUUGCCAGACUUCACAUGGAGUCUGGAAAGUCACAGGGAACUCAAUUCAUUCCACUGUGGCCAUUCCACAUUCCUGUCGCCCAGAGGCACACGUACCUGCAUCUGAGUGAGGCUCUCUUCCAUCACUGCCUUGGGUUUUCAGGUAAGGAACGUAAGGAAAAGAUCAUCUGAUAAAGUAAAUAAUGUGAAAUUAAACAGAAUCCACAAUUAUUUUUUCUUGCAUCUAUUGAACAGAAAAAUGAAGAUAUAAACAAACUAACCCUGCAGUUUUGUGAAAACACACCCUAUGUUGACUUUUCCUUGCAUCACUCACUCAGGGCAGCUAGGCUACAGACCAGUAAUCUGCAGGAGGGAGGCAGGGGAUCCUCUCUGCUUAAGUGUUUCUACUUUCUUCUGGAGCUGUUGGGAGCAGAGAUUUCCAUGGAUUGGAUGCAGCUGUGGUACAAACAGUUGUCACCUGAACAGGGAAGGCUUCCUGGAGGGCUAGAGGCAGGCGCCCUGGUGCACACAUGGAAGUGAGCUAAGAGGACUCAACGAGGUGUAUUCAGUGCCAGAUGCUACUGCCUUUAUAUUUUUUUUAGGAACAUCAUUCAACUUAUUACUACCCAAACAUUUAUCACCUUAAACUGCAGGGCUUAGUGAAAACCCCUACCAAAUGGCAAAUUCUGAUCUCUCUUCAGAGUCAGAGAGUGCUCCGGUUCCAGUUUUGUCUGUUCCCACUAUACCAUACUACCAGAUACAGCUAUUCCAUAUUCCACAGGGAAUCAAGGAGCUGAAUUUAAGGAGUUCUGAGAAACACACAACCAAUCAUCCCAUAGCAGAGUUAUAAUUAAAUUACCAGAUAGAAGCAAACACUGUUGGACAGCUUAGAAAAACAUGUUUUCUAUUUAUUUAAAAAUAAGUUUGUAGUUACUACAUUGCAGUGACAGUAAUUCUUACACAUACAUUCUAGUUUGUAUAAAAGGAUUCAAAGUAUUAUGCAUCAAAACUAACAUAGAAAGUGUCCACAUAACAGUAAAGAAAUUUCCAAUCCAUAUGUACAAAAAGAAAGGGCACUGUUAUCCUGGUGAGAUACUUCAGGUUAUAUAUAACAUGAUAAUCUAGAUUUCUGGAAGGAAAAAAGCCUUGAUAAAGCUAAAGAAUUAUAGUUUUCAAAACUGUUACUCAUUACAUACAACAGAUUUGUGUUUUACAUAAUUCUGUACAAAAUAAGUGUAAUUUUUAAUCUGAAAAUCUGUCAGUUUUAAAAUUAACCUUUCUAGGUAAUUUACUUGAAGUUGAGCUCCAUUCUAUACAUAUUGAAACAUUAUGACAGAAUUUAAUUCACGCAUGAUCAUUAUCCAGUUGUCCACCACACUUCUGCAGUUUUAGUAUGGUCCAAAAAUGUAACUUCUGUAUGGUCUCAAUGCAUUAGCAAACCAACCUGCACAGUUGUAAGCACAAAACAGUACAUGUACAUCACACAGUACAUGACAGGUACUUCUAUUUCUUUCUACUCCUAAUUUGUGUGACCUCAUUCUUUGUUCUUUCAGUGUAGAAAUUCAUAGUAUAGUACUACUUUCCCUCCCUAAAAUGUAUUGUUUGUAUUAACUGAAGUGAAUUUCCUGAUGUAUUUAUCUGCAUUAAAAAGGACCCAAAUGACUACUUGUCUCACUACAUAUCUCCUAAAAGCUAAAUUUAUUCACCCUUAUUUUAUUGCAGCAUAUAAGGUUUCUUUCUAGAGUGCCUUGAGGCUGUUAGAACCUUGGGAGAAGUGGGGGGAGGUGGUGAGGGGGAAGCAGCUAAUCACCUUUUUCUGCAAUUUAAGAUGUCUUUUAAUCUGGUUUCCUGGCAUGUUUCCUUCUCUAACACACUGUAAAAGUGGCAUGGCGAACUCCCGCAUUAAAUCCAGCGGAAACACAAGAGCACCUGGAGGUUAGCUCUGGUCUAAAAGCUACCUGCUGAUUUCCCCCAGACAUCAUACAAAGUCAGCAAGCUGUAGUCACAAUUCAGAAA